UAAAAAAAAUGAAUUUUACCACUGCUAUUAAGGUUUGUUAACUCAGACAGAGAUGUUAGCUUGUUGUGUGAAACAGCCCUUCAACUUGUAUGGAGCACACAUGAAGCAAGUAGUGUCCUACAAUGAUGAGGUCAGCCUUAAUUUAUAAGACACAGUAGUGCAUGGUAAGAAGCAUAGCACAGCCAUGUUUUGAAGACAGUAAGUCAUUGUGAGAACAUGGAGGCUCUGAUAACAGCCCGCAUCCUCUCAUCAAGAGACUGCAAUAUUUCCCCAACAGUAGAGAAUAAGGCAAACAAAUUGACCCAGUAGUUUUUGUGCAAUGUCAUCUUAACUGUGGCCUAAAACAAGUAAUCAUACUGCUAAAGAAAAAUGUCAUUGUUUGCUGGUGACUGGAACGAAAGCUGAAUAGUUAUUUGGCCUGAAGCAAAUAAUCAAUCUGACUUUGAUAACCCAUCACUUUAAAAGGGCCUUUUAUGUUUGUGAAAAAAAGUGUGACGUCAAAGCUGUGGAAAAAAAAUAGUACCAAAAUUUCCAAGCUAAAUUUACGUAACUUCUCAAACACACAAACACAUUUGCACACAAAUACAAAAAGGUUCCCUGUGCAAACCGUUUUUUACAUGCAUAACAAAUUAGUUUAUGGUUAUUAGAAGCCUGAGAUGUAAUGUCCAAGUUACUUGUGCCAUAUUUGGAAGAACUUGUUUAUGCUUCGUCCAUCGUUGUGCCUUUGAACUAAUAGAACAGAAAAUAAAAUGAAAAUUGUCCAACUAGUUGCCAGACAUUCCUAGGACUAUAUAGAUGCCAUGCUGGAAAUGCUUGAGUAUAAUCAUUAUCAGGUGCAGACUCACCUGGAAAACCCCACCAAGUACCACAUCCAACAAGCUCAACGGCAACAAGUCAAACAAUACCUCUCAACUACGUUAGCAAAUAAGCACAACAAUCAGGCGUUAAGCUUACCUUGCCCAAAUCAGCCCGUUGACCACGUUAUGCCACCGGGCACUGGAAGCAGUGCACCCAACAGCCCUAUGGCCAUGCUUACAUUAAGCUCCAACUGUGAAAAAGAGGGCUUUUAUAAAUUUGAAGAACAAAACAACAGAGCCGAAAAUGAAUGCCAGUCUCUGAAUACACAUUCUCGAGUGUCAUGCAUGCAGAUGGAUGAGGUAAUUGAUGACAUAAUCAGUUUGGAAUCAAGUUAUAAUGAAGAAAUCUUUGGUUUGAUGGAUCCUGCUCUACAAAUUGCAAAUACGUUACCUGUCUCUGGCAAUCUAGUGGACCUCUAUGGGAAUCAAGGUUUGCCUCCUCCAGGACUUAACAUCAGCAAUUCCUGCCCUGCUAACCUUCCUAAUAUAAAAAGGGAACUCACAGAAUCAGAGGCAAGAGCUUUGGCCAAAGAAAGACAAAAGAAAGACAAUCACAAUUUAAUUGAAAGAAGACGACGAUUCAAUAUUAAUGAUCGCAUAAAAGAACUUGGUACUCUGAUACCAAAGUCAAAUGACCCAGACAUGCGUUGGAACAAGGGAACUAUUUUAAAAGCUUCUGUGGACUACAUCCGUAAAUUGCAGAGAGAACAGCAACGGACGAAAGAGCUAGAGAAUAGGCAAAAGAAACUGGAACAUGCUAAUAGACAUCUUUUGCUCAGAAUACAGGAGCUUGAGAUGCAGGCUCGAGCUCACGGACUUUCCAUCAUGCCAGCCACGGGCCUUUGCUCUCCAGAAAUGGUAAACCGGCUGAUCAAACAAGAGCCUGUGCUUGACAACUGCAGCCAGGAAAUCCUACAGCAACACCACCCUGCGCUUUCUUCCACGACUACUCUUGACCUUACCGACGGCACCAUCACUUUCAACGGCGGCCUGGCAAAUGUGACAGAAUCGGCUACAAGCACUUACUCCGUCCCUCCCAAAAUGGGGUCUAAACUGGAAGAUAUGUUGAUGGAUGACACCCUGUCUCCCGUCGGAGUUACUGAUCCACUCCUAUCGUCGGUUUCUCCCGGAGCGUCAAAAACAAGUAGCCGGAGUAGCAGUGUAAGCAUGGAAGACACUGACCAUGCUUGUUAGUGGAUAUCCUUAGAUAGGCCUCUCACAAACUUCUUCGUUUUUCCUGAUCAGUAGAUUAAAGUAACUUUUCUUCUCCAUUACCCCCCCUAAUAUUUGAAUAUAUAAGUCUACGGAUAGCUCAGCGUAUAUGUGACUUUUUUUAAUGUUUGAAAAGACUUGUAUAUUGUUUUAUAACUCCAGUGCUUCCAAAGUGUAGUACUGUAUCUGUGAACUAGGAUCAUCAAGGAACUCCAAAUGAUUUCAUCUCUACUCAGAAGCAAUAGACCUCCACAGAUCAGCAAAAUGUACUAAAGAGGAAACUUCAGUAUAACUAAGUAAAGUGACUUGGAAGUGAAAUGAAGAAGAAUGUAUAGAAACCAAAAAGAAAAUGAGCUUUGUAUAAACUAUUUUUCUGUUGACUUAAUAGUGCCUCCUUUAAAAAAAAAAGUAUACAGCAUCUAUUAAUUCCUAUAAUCUUUCCCACGGUGAUAGAUACUAUACAUGUAUCAAUAGGUUACCUGUACAGAAACUAACUGAUUUUAAGUACAGUUCAAGCUAGAUUUAAUGCCAAGAUUCAGUGAUAUUUAAGUUCCUAUUAUUAUCCAUUAAGCGAGCACUCUUCAAAAUUACGUCUC